AUGAUAUUUGCAAUUUGUUUAUGCUUUCUAUUAACAGCUUAAUAUUAAUUCCCAUCAACUACUCUAUAUUUGAAUAAUUUAAGUUUAAGAAAAAUCAUAACAAUUAACGAAGCCUAAUUAUCUGAAGAGAGUUGUUUGACAUUUGGAAUAUGGACUAAAUACAAUCCAUUAAAUAUCAAAGCUUUUAAAGAUCAAACCGGAAUGUUUGAAAGUAACUGCUUUUAGUUAAUAAAUGUAAUGGAAUAUACAACCCAGAAUUUAAAUUUUAUUUAUUAUGUUUGUUUAGAUUAUUCUUAGAAAAGCAUAGUAAAGACCAUAUAAUUUGUUAACGAUCAAGAUGAAUAAAUUAAAUUUGAGAAAAAUGUAGAUAAUUAUUAAUAUGAGAACAUAUGGUAUCAAUUUUAAUUAAUUUCUUGGCCAAUAUUAAAGAGAGUAGAGUUUAUCAUUAUAUAAUCAGAAAUAACAAUAUUCAAAGAGGUUUUAAUGAAUAUGAAACCUUUCAAAGAAGAAACUUUAUUGUUUAUUUUCGGAGAGAGUUUGGAAGUACAAGAGUCUAAGAUUAGGUAAAUUGAAAAAGGAAAGCUUUUUUCUUUGUUUCCAGGAUCUAUUGUAGUUUAUGAUCCAUUGAUAGAUAUAAUCCCUUUAUAAUUUGACUUUGAGCAAGAAAUAAUUGAAGGAUAUUAUGGUUUAGAAUAAUGUAAUUGCGAAAACAAUGAAGAAGUUAAUUUAGAAGAUUAUGAUUUUAAUCUUCUUGAGGAAAAAAAUUAUAUUUCAGAACAUAUUAGUUGUGAUUUCUAUUCUUUAGGUGGAUGGUUAAGAGUAUCAGAUAUUGUAUAGAAAUCUGAAGAAUUUUUUUAUUCAUUUAUUAAAAUGACAGCAUAUAUAGGGGAGUAAACACUUUUAAAUGAAAAUUUGGGAACAUUUGAAUUAAUAUAUUAGAUCUCUCCUAUUGAAACAAAGAUAAUUGUAACAGCCUAUAGUUAUGAUUUUCCUAUUUUCACUAAAGAGAUUUUGGAUGGUUCAUAAAAAAUUGAAACAGAAUUUUAAAUUUAAAGGAAUAUUAUUACAUCAUGGCAUUAUUUGCUUUUAGAAUUAAAAGAUAAUGAACUCAAUAUUAAAAUAACUUUUUAUGAUUAGUAUUUAAAAAAUAACUAAUUUUAUGAGGCUUAAGUUUAAGUAUGGUAAUUUCAUAAUUGUUAAUAUAAAAUAAGAUAUGGAAAUAUCUAGUAGGAUUUGUAAAAUUAUGUAAAUAUUUCAGUAAGAAAUUUAUAAUUUAUUAACUGCUAAUAUGAUUAAAGGAUAUCAAGAUGUCAUCCUAAUUGUUUAGAAUGUGAUGGUCCUGGUAACAUGCAUUGUUUGUCUUGUUCAGCUGAAGAUUAGAGAGUGUAUCAUGCACAAUUUAAAUAAUGCAUAUGUUCAUAUUCUACAUUUGAAUAUAAGAAUAAAUGUGUAAGCUAUUAAGAUUCAAAUCUAUCUUUAAAAAGAAGAUCAUAAAAUACUAAUUUAAAGUGCAAAGCAGGUUAUUUUGAAUUUGAAGGAGAUUGUGUAAAAUGGUAUUUUAUUAGUUAAUUUUUAGUCCUUCUAGAGUAAAAAAUGAUUUGGUUACUUGUUUCGACUGUUAUUCAAAUGUUGAGAAUUGGAGUUUACAAUCUAUUUGUUAAAAUGAUCUUUAUAUUCCUUUAUCUUUGGAAAUUGCAACAACUCUUAUAUUAAAUUUUCCUUUGUAAUUUCUUUACGAUGGAUUUGAUUUGAUAAUAUGUGAUUAUUGUUUCAUUUAUAAUAAUAAUCAAGAGUUGUAAAACGAAGAUAGUGUUUAUGAAUUAUAUUUACAUAAAUCUUCGAAUUUCAAAUUCUUUUGUUCAUAGUUAAGUGAAUAUAAUGAAGAUAAAAGAUGUACACUAUGUAAUGUCGCUUAUUGCCUGAAAUGUGCUAUUUAACUUGAGGGAAUGGUUUGUUUGCUUUGUAGAGAGAACUUAGUUUUAGUGAAUGGAGAAUGUAAAAAUUAAAUUAAUAAUUAUAUUUAUUAAUCUUGUUAACCUCCAUAUUAUACAUCAUAUCUUAAAGAAUGCAAGAUUUGCCCAAUAAAUAAAUGUUAAUAUUGUUUUGAGUAUUUUGAUGAGUAUAGAUAUAUGAAUACUCUUGAAAAAGGAGAAAAGGAUUUUUAAGUUAUUGAUAUUGAUUUGAUUAAAAUCGGUUGUGUCUUAUGCGAGGAUGGAUAUAUUUUUAAUUUUAAUUUAGGAUUAUGUUUAAAAUAAGCAUCAAGAAUAGAAAAUUGUUUAACAUCUUAUGUAUUAUAAUUAGAAGAAAUCUGUAUUAUAUCUUAAUUAAAUAAAUUUUAAGUAUCCCUUAUAAUUAAUGAUUGUGAUAAUUAUAUAAUUAAUUGUAAUAUAUGUGCAUAAGAUUAUGAUAAAAUUGUUUUUUGUAUUGAAUGCAAAAUUGGAUUUUUGUUAUAAAACAGAUAAUGUUAUCUAAGUGAAGAAUAAGGAUCAAGCUAUCCUUAAGAUAUUAGGGAUUUGCAAGUGAAAGCCUUUUUAUUAGUCUAUAAUUUUGAUUCUUAUAAAGCCUAAAAUUAUAAUUAAACACCUUUGUCUAAUUAUUGUGGUAAGAAUUGCUUAAAAUGCAAUAAGUAUGAUGAGUAAUAUGUUUGUGAUGAAUGCAAACUAGAAUAUUUUGAAGAAACAAUCAAAAUUUAAUAUUAAUUUUAUUGUCCACUUUGCCCUCGACUUUGUUAGGUAUGUAAAUCUCGUUCAUCAGUUUAAUUAUAAGUAAUUUAUAAUAAAUAAUUAGGCUAUGAAUCCUUUGUUUUUAUUUACAUAAGAAAAUUAAAAAAAUUUUAUUUACACAUAAUAAUGUCUUUUACCUAUUAUGGAUCCAUUUGUUUUUUAUGAUCCUUAUCAAAAAAUAACAAAAUAUUGCAUUGAUGAUAAUUGUGACAAUGAAUUUUAAUUAGAAACCUAUGAGUAUAGUUGCUUUUUUAAUAGGUUUCCUACAACUCUUCACUAUUUCAACAUUAAUUCUGAAUAUUAUAACCAUAUUGGUAUGUAAACCUUUACUUUCAAUGUAUACUUCGAAAUUUAUUAAAAUUUAUGCAUAAUGGUUCCAAGUUUCCAAAGUAGAGCAACAAUAAAAGAGGAAGUCUUUGCACUUAAUAAUGCUAUAAUUAAUCUAAUAUCAUUGAAUUCUGUUUUCUUUCAUUUUGGAAAUUCUAUAUUGCUUUAUGAUUAUGAUACUGUGAAUUUUAUUGAUUUUGGUUUUGUAUAUCCAAUUGAAACGUAAGAGAAUUUUCAAUUGUUUAAUAGCCAUAAUCAAAUUGAUUUAAACAUCAUCAACUGUACAAUAUAGAAUAGCAGUAUCACUAAUAUCAGAUCUAUAUUUUAAGCAGACUAAUUUGGUUAAAUUAAUAUAUAAAAUUUUUCAAUUAUAAACACAACCAUAAAAAAUUCCUCAUUUUUUAAUUUCUAAUUAUUCAAAUUUGAAGGAUAAAUGACUAUUGUUUCUUUAUAUAUUUACAAUUGUACUAUUAUAGAUUCUUAAUUAUUUUAAUUUUCAUAAAACUUGUAUGAUAUUAACAUUUAAAAUAUGACUUCAGAUUCAAAUAUAUUUAAAAAUGCUUCUAUUUUUACUUUAUAUAUUAAUUACAUAGAAGAGACAACAUUAUUUUUUAAAGACUUAUUAAUUUAAAGAAAUUAAUUUGAUCAUUCUUAUUUUCUUUUUUGUUCAUAAAUUAUUACUAUUGAUAUAAGCUAUGUAAUCUUCAAUUUUAAUUAAAUUGAGAAUUCAAUCAUAUUUGGAUUUAGUUAUGGUUUAUUUGCAAAAUAUAUUCAAAUUAAAGAAAAUUAAUUUAUUGAAUCCUAGUUUUUAUAAACAAUUGAAGUAACAAAUGAUCAAAAUACAUUAUAUUUUAUUACUGAAUUAAUAGUAGAGAAAAAUGUACUUCAAAAUGUUAAUCUAUUUCACAUAUUUUCAAAUUCUUAUUCAAAUAAAUUGUAAAUAUCUAUUUCAUAAGUUCAAAUCUAAUUAAAUACAAAAUCAAUUACAACAGAUUAAACAAGUUCAAUAUUUAAUAUCAAUAGCAAAACAUUAGAUAUUAACAAUUGUAUCAUUAGUAAUAACCAAGAAAUUCGUAUAUUUAAUCUUUAUGAUAAUGAAGAUAUAAUUCUCUCAAAUUUAAUAUUCGAAAAUUAAGAAAUGGAAUAAAAAGUUUCUGUUUAAAAGAAUUGCUUUUAAAGAAUAAAUCUAUAAAAUCAAUUAAUUUUGGUAAUGGGUUUUGAUAAGAUAAAAAUAGAAAAAUGUAAGAUUAUAAAAUAAUCCAGUGUUGAUGAAUCACUCAUAGAAAUAGUUUCAAGUAAAUUUAAAUAAUCACUUGGAUAAAUAAUUAUUAAAAACAUUGAAUUUUAUGGAAAUCUCAUACAAUAACUUAAUUAAGUCUAAUCCUUUUCAAUGUUGGCCAUUCUUUCAGAAAAUUAAAUUGAUUUUGUAAUGGAAGAUUUAAAAUAUCAAAAUAAUUUUAUGCAUGUAUAUACUGAAAGUACCUUACAGUAAUCAGCUAGUUUAUUAUACAUUAAUUCAGCUCCAAGUACUAUUUAUAUUAAUAAUCUUAAUGGCAUCCAAAAUUCAAUGACUAACUCAUCUAAUUCUUUUAUAAGAAUUACAUCUAAAGAUUUAAAGUUAAGCAAUAUUUUAAUUAAGAAUCAUAACAUUUUACCAUUUAAUGUUUGGAAAGAUUAUUAUCCUAUUAACAUAAUGAAUGUGGAAGAUUAAAAAGAAAUUAAUCUCUUUAUAAUGCAGAUCUAUCAUAUUAAAACUAUUGGAGGAGCAGCAUAAUUUGAAGUAAGUAAAUUGGAAUGUUUGAAUUGCACUUUUCAAGAGAUAUUGGCAGCAAAAAGUUCAGUUUUUGACAUUGUCACUUAGAAUGAAGGAAUUUUAGUGAUAUAGAAUUUCUAGGUUGAUACAACAACAAAUAGUUUAGUUGAAUAAACUGAAAGUUCUGGUUGCUUAAGUGUAAAUUCUCAGAAUAGUUUAUUAAGUUUAACUAUUUCAUAAGCAAAAUUUUCAAAUGUUAUUAAUAGAAUGUCAACAUCUAUUUUCUCAAUAAUACCAUCAUUACUUCAAAAUAAGAUUAUUAUUUAAGAUGUAUCUAUUCUCAACUGUAUUUCAUUAAAGGAUUAGAUAGUUCAUAUAAAGUUCAUUAAUUAAAUUGUUGCUUUGAAUUCUAUCUUAUUCAUAAAUAUAAAGAUAAAAUAAGAUUAAUAAGCAUGGACAUCAUAUUUUUAAAUUAUCGGAUUAAUAAAAUUGUCUGAAAUAUUAGAAUUAACAGGGGAUGAAAAUGCUUUAAUUUAUUUAGAAAAUUGUGAUUUUGAAAUAAGAGAUUUGGUUGUGGAAGGAAUGCUAAUAGCUCCAAUUAUUAAAUUGAUUAAUGUACAAAAUUUGAUAAUCUUUAAUUGUAAUAUAAAUGAUAUAGUCAGUAUGAUUUCAUUAGAUCUCAUUUAAAUUAGUUAAAUAGUUUUUAUUAAAUCUUUAGUUUAUAUAAAAUAACUAAAUAUUAAAAGUGUAAAACUAUUUAAAUUAGAUACUAUUCCUAUUGUUCAACCUGCUUAAUUUUAAGCUGAUUAUUUUAUAGAUGGAUGUUCAUUUAUGAAUAAUUCCUUUUUUGCUGAAUCUCCAGCUGAUUUUCUACAUACCAAUAUUAAUUAAUUAUAAAAAUCAAACUACUAAAGAAAUUCAGUCAUAUCUAUUAUGAGUUAAUAAAAUUUAAGUACUAUCCUAUUAGAAAUGAUAACAAUUGACUAGAAUACUUUUGAAACAACCUUAAAUGGAAUUAUUUAUUUUGAUGUUGCAUAUUUUUAGAAAAUAAUUAUCUCAAAUGUGAUUUGUAUUAAAAAUAUUAUAAAUGAAUUUGGAUGCCUUCAUUUUGUAGGCAAUAAUUCAGUAACUUCAAAAAUUUAUAUCAAAGAUUCAAAUUUCAUUGAUAAUAAAGGUAAAAAAGGAGUUGCUAUUAAAAUUACUGAUAUAUCUUUUGAUAUAAAAAAUUGUAAAAUUGCUUCUAAUGUGGCAAGCACUCAAGGUGGGGCUUUGUAUCUAAAAAUAAAUUCAAAAAUCUUUAGAAUAUUAAAAACAUUGAUAAUUAAUAAUCAUGCAUAAGAAGGAGGUGGUAUAUAUUUUGAAAAAGAUAACAAUUUAAAUAAUAAGAACUUUAAUAAUUCUUUUUUAUUAUUUAAUUCUGCUAAGAUUUAUGGAAAUAAUCUUGUUGAAAAUCCUACACAUUUAACACUCUAUAUCAAUUCAAAAGAAAUGGCUUCAGAAAAAUAAGUUUAGAAUAAUACAUCCACAUGUAUUUUAUAAAUUAAACCAUAUACAAUAAUUGAAUAAGGAAUAUAUUUAAAGACAAAAAAAUUAAUGAUUCCAAGUAAUUAAGAAAUCAAUGUCUAUUAAUUAUUUAUUUUAUAAGCAUCCUUAUAUCUAAGCUAUAUUAAAAAUAUGAGUCUAUUUUUUAAAAAUAGUAAGGGAGAAAUACUCUUCAAUUUAAAUAGUUCAACAUGUCAUGUAUCCAGUUUUAUUGUUACUAACGAUGGUGAAGAAGUAAAAGGAUCAACAUAUAAUCAUACUUUAUAAUAUGCAUCUGCGACUAAUAACUUUGAAUUAGGUAAACUAGCCUUUAGCCUUAAUCCAUAUGAAUCAAAUUAUAGUCACUUAAAAAUUCAAGCUCUCUGCAAGACUUAAUAUUCUUAACAAGAAUUCAAAUAUAUUAUUAACGCAUAAACUUUUAAAUGUUAAUUAGGAGAAUUUUAUAUUGAAAAUGGAUGUCAAAUUUGUAUUUGGAAUUAAGGUUUUUAUAGUGUCACAUACAAUGCAAUUAAAUGUUCCAUUUAUGAUAAGUAAAAAUUCUAGAGUAUAACCUCUAAUAUGAUUAAUUUGUAUGAGGGAUAUUGGAGACCUAACCCCUUAUCAGAUUAUACAGAAUCAUGUUAUAAAAAUCCUUCAUUUUGUUUAGGAGGGUGGGAAGUUGGAGAUAGUACAUGUAUAUAGGGACACAAAGGUGCUUUAUGUGAAAUGUGUGAUACAUAUAAUGAGAGAGGAGAUGGAAAAUUUUUUAAGGAUUAGUAAAACUUUUAAUGUCAAUCAUGUUCGAAAAAUGAUAACAUUAUACUUCCACUCUUUUUUGCAUUGUUUUAGUAAAUAUAAUUUUAAAUGAUAGGGCUUUAUUAUCAAUAACAUUAUCAUUAAAGAGUAUUAAUAAAUCCAAUUAAUUAUUUGCUUCACUAAAGAUAUUUUAUAAGUUUAGUAAAUUAAUAUUUAAAUUAAGUUAAGGUAAUAAUUAUUGUUUAUAUUUUUAGAUCAUGAAGGAAUAUUAUUAAAAUUGCUAUUAAAUUAUUUAUGGAUAUUUUCAGUUAUUUUUACUUUCAAUAUUAAUUUUUCAUUCUCAUUUAUAUUUAUUGAAUAAUCUAGUAAUAGCUUUUAUUUUAUGGUCAAUAAUUUAGAUUGUUACUUGUCAGAUUUUUAAAUAGAAUUAAUUUAUAUUAAAAUCUUUGUUAUUUUAACAUUAAUGCUAUUGUAAUUCAACUUGAUAUUAGCUCUAUCAUUUUUAUAUCAUAAUAUAACAAAUAAAAAUAUGGAUAACAGUCUUCUUUCAAAUACAUUGAUUUAUUUGUAUGUUUUUAACUAUGGAGGAUUAAUUAAAAUGUACUAUAUAUAUAUUUUCAAUUAGGCUUUGCUCUUCGUUGUCAGUCAGAUAAAUAUCUAAUAUUAACUACAUUUAAGGAGAUGUAUCCUUAUUAUACGAUACUAGUAAUCAUUAAUUAUGGAUCUUUUUUGUGAUUUUACCAUUACUUCUAGUUUUUGGAUGUAUAAUUCCUUUUUCGCUAUUUUUGUUAACUUAUAUUAAAAGAGAUAUUCUUCAUAAAAUUAAACUUAGAAGACAUAUUUGCUACUUAUUUAAUGAAUAUAAUGAUAGUAAUUAUUAUUGGGAAUAGAUAAAAUUAUUGUAAAAAGCAAUUAUAAUUUUAAUAACAACUUAUUUUGAAACAAAUAUUCUAUUAAAAACAUCAUUAUUAGGAUUGUCAUUACUUUUUUAUUAAGCUAUCGCUGUUAAAAAUAAACCUUACAUUAUUUCUAAAUUUAAUAAUCUAGAUUUAUAAUCAGGAUAAAUAUGUUCAAUUACAAUAUUCCUAGCUGCAAUAUAAUAUGAAAGCUAGAAUAUCAAUAAUUAAUAUUUUUCUCUAUUCUUAUAAAUAAUUAUAAUUAUUUUAUUAGUUCGAUUAUGCUACCCAUUUAUAUUAAAUAUGUUUACUAUUUAUUCCAAAAAAUAUAGCCUAUUUUUUGUAAUAACUAUUCAUUCAUGUUUAAAAUAUUUAAAAAAAAAUAUGUAAUGUGAUUAAGUUCUUUACAAUUAUAUACUAAGAGAAAAGGAAAGAAAAGAGAGAUUGAAAAAAAACUUUUAAAAGCUUAAAGAAUUUUUGAUUCCUAAAUCUAAAAUUUCAUUAUAAAAAUAUAAGUAAAUACUAGUUAAUGUAUUUUUAGAGCUGUCACUUUAAAGAAACGCCUUAGAUCUACAACAAAUAGUGGACAUUAUUUAGUUGAAGUAGUGAAUGAAUGA